GAAAAAGUGUUCACAUUUAUCAUACAUUUUCCAUGCAAUUAUUUUACUUUCCCAGGCUUAUUUUGUGAUGAUGAGCAUUUGUUAUUUAAAAUUUAUUUUUAUUUUUUUGAACUAUUAUUUUUCAUAAAAGACUUUGACAUUGGUGAAACAAAAAUCAAAACUAUCUGCCAUAGCACAUCAAGCCAUCAAGUGCCCGUACAGUAAUUUGCUUAAAUAUGGAGUGGCAAAAUGUAAUUUAUGGAUAAGCCUCGGAGGUAAAAAAUUGAUAACAACAGAAACAUGGUAGACAUGAAGUGCACGCGCUACCCAUCGUCAUCGAACCGGGUAAGUACCUCCCCGCCCAAGGCACUGGCCCCAAACCCCAGGGACCAACGUAUCAGAUUUGGCCUCUAUUUUAUUUUUCUUCAGCAAAAAAAAUAAAAAAUGAGAAAGUUAUUAGUAUGAUUAGAAAUAUCUCACGACCAGUUCGAGUAAUACUAUUUCCAUUUCCUUCAUUUUUCUCUUCUCUUCUUCAAAUUCAAUCUCGGAAGCAAGCACUGAUGACGUCAACGACCGAGAACAACUCUGCUCCCAUUUCUUCCGCCGCUCCCGCGGAGAACAGCUCCGCUCCGAGCUAUGCUGCCGUUGUCGCCGCCGGUAACGAUGACGUCGACUCCAAGUUCGGUUUUAAGCGGCCCGAGAUGUACCAGAGCAGCCUCGCCGGCUCCGUCCAUCCUUACCAGCGCCACGUCUUCCUCUGCUACAAAUCUCACGACUCGUGGCCUGAUCGCCUUGAGGCCUCAGUCGAAGAUCCUCUUCCCCAGCUCCUGGCUGCUGCUUUCAAAGCUCGCAACAAAGAUAUGAAAGUGAAGACGCUUUUGACCAUAUGCGAGGGACGUGAGGACUUGGAAUUAACGGAUGGAGAUGUAUUGAUUUUCCCGGAGAUGAUCAAGUACAGGGGCUUGAAGGAAUCCGAUGUGGAUGGUUUCAUUGAUGAUGUGCUUGUCAAUGGGAAACCCUGGGCUGCUGGUGUGCAAGAGGUAUUGUCUGGGUCAUAUGUGUUCGUGUGUGCCCACAAUAAGCGAGACCGGAGAUGUGGUGUCUGUGGACCAAUUCUGAUUGAGAAAUUUAAAGAAGAGAUUGAAUCUAAGAAUUUAAAGAGCCAGGUGUCUGUGACAGCUUGCUCCCAUGUUGGCGGCCACAAGUAUGCUGGUAAUAUGAUCAUCUUCAGCACCAAUGCUGAAGGGGAAAUUGCUGGCCAUUGGUUUGGAUAUGUUACACCUGACGAUGUGUCUGAUUUGCUUGAUCGCCAUAUUGGAAAGGGAGAAAUUAUUGAGAGGAUUUGGAGGUUUGCCUCUUGAUGUUUCUCAUAAUGAAUCUGUUAAAGACCCGCUGCUCUUUCUAACAGUGUUUUAGCAUCUAUUUUGCGUAUGCCAUCACUGUAUUUCUUCUUUGGGUACCUUUUUCUUUGUCGGUUAUGCAUGCAAUUAAGCAUCCUUCCCAAAAGUUCUAGGGUUUAGCAUGUAUAUACAGUAUUAGUCUGCUACUUCGUAAUAAUAGUUGAUACGUCUGUUGCUUACUUCAGGGGCCAAAUGGGUGGCGUCGUUGAGAAAACUGACAGAGUGCCUGAAGUAAAGCUUUCAAAUGGUUCUAGUAUCAAUCACUCUGAAGAGAAGCCAGAAGAAAAGGGUGCCAACGGAAGUAGUUUUACAUGUUGCCAAGGUGCUACUGGAGUCUCGUGCUGUGGAGGUGGGGAUUCUACUGUCAAAAAGGAACAAAAGGGGGCAGCAAACCUCACAAAGUGGAUUGGAAAAUGGGAGCAGCGUGAUGUUUUGACAACCAUUGCUGUGGUUGGGGCUGUGACAACUGUUGCUGUGGCUUUUGCUUAUUUUAGGAAAUCGCGGUAAACAGUUCCCUGAGCAAGUAAUACUGUUCUGUUUUGAUCUAAAAAGUUGUAAGCUGCAUUUUUGAGGUGGUGAAGUUGCAUCAAUAAAGGUCGCUUUUAAGUACCGCAAACUUUAACAGUGAAGAGUAGGUACAUAUUAUCCUCAAUUCAGAAAUGAAAUAGAGCAACAUAUGGCGAAUGUAGCCAGUUAUAGUACUUUUGCUUAUAAAUAGAAGUUGCGUAAUUUUCUUUUCUCGGUUGGUUUUUAUGGAAGUGUAUUGCUGCAAUUAGCUUAUCCGCAUCGAUAGCGUUUGGUUUGAUAUCUCAGAGAGCUAUUUAACUUAUUUUCUGACGGAAAACAGCUUUUAUUGAGUGUUUUAAGAUCAAAUUUGGAAGAUGUCAGUUUUACAUGGCUCCAUGUUAGAGAAAUGCUUUGGAAGUUUAGAUGGUGGGUUAAUAGAAUGGAACUGAAAUAUGGUAUAAUUUGUUGUGGUUCUGAAAUCCAUGAAUGCUAUUGCUCUGUGGUUUGUGUCCUGUAGCAAAGGUUGAUAAAUCUACAUCAUGCAGAACUUCACUUUUACCUAGCAGUCUUUUUUUCUUUUUGGUUUUCUAUGUUUUCUGGCGAUUGGAUAGAGUGCUAAGAGUAGUAUCCCCUCUGAUUCCUAUCUCG